GAGAAGGCUUCUACGUGGUCAAAAAACACGUAAAAAGAGUAUACAAGUAAGCCAUCUAUUUUGAAGAAGGAAUAUUAUUUAUUUAUUUAUUUGAAGAAAAAGUUAUACUUUUGCUCCUAAAUUAAUUAUAAACUUAAUUUAAAUUUAUCUUUUAAAAUAUUAAAGUUUUUGCAUUGUCCCUUAAAUUUACUAUUAACUUGAAGUUUGCCUUGGAGACGAAGACAAGAAGCAGAAUCAGCACAGUAAGUACUCGACAUUGAAACACCACACUUUUUUCAUCUCUCUCUCUUUCUAUAUCCCAUACCCACCCACGUGAACCUUCUACCACUUUCCCCCUCUCUCUCUCUCUCUCUCUCUCUCUCUCUCGGGCAGCACCACCACUCCAGCUGUCACCCCACUUGAAUUCCACCACCUGUAGCCCCUCCGCUCCGCUCUAUACAUCACCACCACGCAUUACGCACCACCAUAGUCACCACUUUCUCCUUCCAGUUCUCUCUGAAACAUUGAUUGUCAGCUGUGCUCACAUCAAACAAUCAACUGGACUAGCUCAUGUCGGUGACUUGCGGGGUCGAAUGCGUAGUAAUACUCGGCUGCCUCCGGUGGGGAUGGAAGCGCUGCACAUACAUCGGCUCCGACGACAGCGCCAGCUGGACCACCGCCACCGCCGACGAAUUCGAGCCGGUCCCCCGCGUCUGCCGCUGUAUCCUCGCCGUCUACGAGGACGACCUCCGCAACCCCAAAUUUCCACCUACCAAUGGCUACCGACUCAACCCUGACUGGCUCAUCAAGCGUGUGACCUACGAGCAAACCGAGGGCCAAGCGCCGCCAUACACCAUCUACGUUGACCACGAUCACCGAGAAAUCAUACUCGCAAUCCGAGGAUUAAACCUAGGCAAAGAGAGCGAUUACAAGUUACUCCUUGAUAAUCGGCUGGGGAUGCAGAUGUUCGACGGUGGAUAUGUGCACCACGGGCUAUUAAAAUCGGCGAUUUGGCUGCUGAACGAAGAAUCUGAGACGUUGAAGAAACUGUGGCUUGAGAAUGGGGAGUCAUAUAAGAUGAUUUUUGCUGGGCAUUCUUUGGGGUCCGGUGUGGCGGCCUUGUUGACGGUGAUUGUGGUGAAUCAUAGGAAUGACUUGGGGGGUAUUCCGAGGAGUAAUGUGCGGUGUUAUGCGGUGGCUCCGGCAAGGUGUAUGUCACUUAAUUUGGCCGUGAAGUAUGCCGACGUUAUAUACUCCGUGGUGUUGCAGUGAACUGUGAAUGGUGUCCUCCCCCAUCUGGAGUUGGGAUGUCCUAAGGAUGACUUCCUACCAAGAACUCCCACUCCAUUGGAAGAUAUAUUUAAAUCCCUCUUCUG